AUGACCACUCUCAACUUUCAAAUCGCACAAGAGGUAGAAGCUACCGCUCCUCCCCCUAUACCUCUUGCAGCAGCAUGGGGUCAAACAUACCUCUCUUCUCAUCCUUCUGAACAAAACAUUUCACCUGGACCAUUACUAAACCUCUCUCAAGGUGUUCCUGGUGAUCCACCUCAUCCUUCUCUUCUUUCCCGACUUUCUGAAACUUCUUCAGAUCCUCAAGCAGCUCGAUAUGGUGAUAUACUCGGUGAACGUGUACUCCGUGAAGCUGUAGCUAUCGAAACCAAUCAUCGUUAUUCUCUUCCAUCCUCUUCCUCGGGGGGGAUAACAUGGGAAGAUGUCGGUAUAACAGUAGGAUGUAAUAUGGCUUUCAUAGUCCUUCUUCAUACACUUUGUACACCUUUCAAAUCAUCAAUCUUACUACCAUUACCAUCAUAUUUCAAUCAUACAAUGUCAUUAUCACUUCAUUCCGUUAAACCUAUUUUCAUUCCAUCUUUACCUGAAAAUGAAUUUCGACCUUCUCUAAAAGAAGCUAGAAAAUCGUUGGAAAAACAAUCUGAAAUCGAACCCAUAAAAGCUAUAGUACUCGUCAGUCCUAAUAAUCCUACGGGGGCUACGUACAGUCCGGAAGAAUUGAAAGAUUGGUAUGAUUUAGCUAAAGAAUGGAAAGUGGCUUUGAUCAUAGAUGAGACUUAUAAGGAUUUUGUGGAUGGUGUACCUCAUAAUUUGUUUGAGUUGGAAGAUUGGAGAGAGACUUUGGUCAGUUUAGGUAGUUUCAGUAAGGGAUACAGAAUCCCAGGGCAUAGAUUGGGUACUAUCAUCGCAAAUCCUUACCUACUAAAACGUAUCGCCACAAUAUGCGAUUGUAUGCAAAUAUGUCCACCACGUCCUCCUCAACUAGCUUUAGCUCCUCUUCUUCCAUCACUGAGAAAAGAUAUUUCCAACUCCCGAAUAUCUCUGAAAAACCGGAUGGAUCUAUUCGUCCCUACCGUCCAAGCUGUAAAAGGAUGGAAGGUCAUGUCCCAUGGUGGAUUCUUUGCAUAUGUCGAAUUCCCAUCUUAUCUCCCGCGAAGAGAUACACAGGGUAAAAUAGGUAGUGAGAUUGUAUCCCGGUUAUUGGCUGAAGAAUGUGGAGUUGUUACUCUUCCUGGAAGUUUUUUCAUGCCUUCUUUGGAUGAACGGUGGGAAGAAGGGGCCGAGUUGUUGAAAGGGGAUAAAUGGAUACGAUUCGCUGUGGCUAAUGUCGGUGACGAGGUGAUAAGACAAUUAGGACCUAGGUUAGAGAUGAUGAAUCGUCUCAUGGGAUAUUGA